AUGAUGACGUCGAGCACGACCUUCGUCCUGGUCCCCGGCGCGUGGCACCCGGCUUCGGCGUUGGACCUCGUGGCGAUCCCGCUCAAAGCCGCUGGGUACACCGUGAGAAGCGUGGACCUCCCGAGCUGUGGCGCCGCGCCACCGCUUGACGACUUCGGUCCGGACGUUCAGAAGCUCAGUCAGAUAAUUGCGGAGGAGGUCGACAGGGGCCAGGACGUGGUCGUGUUCAUGCACAGCUAUGGCGGUGUCGUCGGGACGGAAUCUUGCCGUGGCCUGGGGAAAAAGGACAGGGAUGCCGCUGGGGAGAAAGGCGGCGUGACGAGGCUGAUUUAUUGUUGUGCCUUUCUGCUAGGCGAGGGUGUGUCCCUUUUUGAUAUGCUUGAUAACAAGCCACUGCCAUGGUUCAUACUCUCAGACAACGAGACUCGCAUAGAUCCCGACACACCCGAGCAAAUUUUCUACAACGACCUCAGCGCUGAUGAGGCAAAGAAGUCUGUCGAUACUCUGUCGCACCACAGCUAUAGGUGUCUUUUUACAAAGCUCACGUACCCUGCAUACAAAGACAUCCCAACCACUUAUCUUCUUUGUGAGAAAGACAACGCGAUCCCUUUGGCUGCUCAGGAGAAAAUGGUCAAGAACGCCAGGGCUCUGGGAGUACAAAUCGACACGGUCACAUUCGAUGCAUCACAUUCGCCUUUCCUGAGUAUGCCGAACAAUGUGGUCGCAGCAUGCAAAAGGGCUGCUAGCGUCACAUCUUGGUGA